AAUUAGGCAUUCCUGAGCCGGAGAAGGCCGCUACAAACAUCUCUUGUUACGCUUGAAACGGUCAAAAAUGCUGUAGAUGCUUUGGAAAAUUUGGUCUGAAAUCAACUUGCUUUCUCGGUUGACUACCCAGAACGGGACGGGCUGCGGGCUACCUCGGCAUCACACCAACGCGAGUUACUGAACUUGUGGCUUUUAUUCCAAACCAAUCCAAAGGGAUCAAAUAGGGCAUAAAGAAGUUACGUCCAAGGCACUAUGCCGGGGAAGCGCACUGCGAAGAAGAGCCCGGUGCUGGAAGAGACUGCGGGAAGGAAGAAGAUUAAAGUCUGCCACCCGUCCCACUGCACGCAGCCCGGCCUGGUGCUGACCUUGGGGCAGGGUGAUGUUGGCCAGCUGGGCCUGGGGGAGGACGUGAUGGAGAGGAAGAAGCCGGCCCUGGUGUCGCUGCCGGAGAUGGUGGUGCAGGUGGAAGCCGGAGGGAUGCACACGGUGUGCCUCAGCCAGACGGGAAAAAUCUACACCUUUGGCUGCAACGAUGAAGGUGCCCUUGGGCGUGACACCUCAGCAGAAGGGUCAGAGACCACACCAGGGCUGGUGGAGCUGCAGGAAAAGGUGGUGCAGGUCUCUGCGGGGGACAGUCACACAGCUGCGCUGACAGAUGACGGCAGGGUUUUUGUCUGGGGCUCUUUCCGGGAUAACAAUGGGGUGAUCGGAUUGCUGGAGCCCAUGAAGACAAGCUCUGUUCCUGUGCUGCUCCAGCUCAGUGCACCUGUCAUUAAAAUUGUCUCAGGGAAUGACCACUUGGUGAUGCUGACGGUGGAUGGCGACCUCUUCACCUGCGGCUGUGGCGAGCAGGGCCAGCUGGGGAGAGUGCCGGCACUCUUUGCCAACCGAGGAGGAAGGAAAGGGCUGGAGCGCCUGUUGGUCCCCCAGCGUGUCCCUGUCAGAGGUAAAGGCAACAGAGGCAAAAUGCGCUUCCAGGAUGCCUUUUGCGGAGCUUACUUCACCUUCGCUGUCACGCAGGAGGGACACAUCUAUGGAUUUGGCCUCUCCAACUACCACCAGCUGGGGACCCAGGGCACAGAGCCCUGCUUCUCGCCGCAGAACCUGACGUGCUUCAAGAACUCCACCAAGUCCUGGGUCGGGUUCUCCGGCGGGCAGCACCACACGGUGUGCGUCGACUCAGAGGGUAAAGCCUACAGCCUGGGCAGGGCAGAGUACGGCCGGCUGGGCCUCGGUGCAGGGGCAGAGGAGAAGAGCACGCCCACGGUCAUCCCGGAGCUCCCCAGCAUCUCUUCUGUCGCAUGUGGCGCAUCGGUCGGCUACGCUGUCAGCAGUGAUGGACGAGCGUUUGCCUGGGGGAUGGGCACCAACUACCAGCUGGGCACAGGGGAGGAGGAUGACGUCUGGAGCCCCGUGGAGAUGACGGGCAAGCAAUUAGAAAACCGCACGGUCCUGGCCGUGUCCAGCGGCGGGCAACACACUGUGCUGCUGGUCAAGGACAAAGAGCAGAGUUGAUGAAGCAGUGCCACGCAGCUGAGCCCAGCAGGAUUGCAGGACCUGUGCACGCACCCCCGCCUUCUGCCCCGGUCGGGUGACUGGUUUCCAGCUCUGGGCUGCCAUUGACGGCAGUGGGGAGGGCAGAGCCAGGCCCCAGCGGUGUCUGCAUGGCUGGAGCAGGGCUCUUCAGGGAUGCUCGUGUUUUCUCCCUGCAAGCGUGUGUCUGUCUUCCCAGGUGCCCAGUGCUCUGGCAGCUCCCCUGGGUCAGCUUGGUCCUAAACUGGUCUCAGUACUGUGACUGGAUGGGUUUUCCGCUUUUCAUCUGUUUGGUGGGUUGUUUUUUUUUAGUAUUUCCUGCACUGGCAAAGCUGAAGGCCUUGUUCUUCACAAAAGGGUUUGAGCAUCAGGCUUUCUGAGGUCCCCAUGUUCCCCAUCUCUGGGUGCUCCUUCAUCCCCUUAACCUAAACAUCUUUUGCCUCUCCAGCUUGGAUUUGUCUGUGGCCACCCACCUAAGCCCUCUGGGCUUGGCCCAGCUGAGAUUUUGGUCCAGCAGACAUGCUCCUGGGGAGCUCUCUCCAAUUCACUCGACAGUUGUGGUUGCGGUGGGGUGGAUGAUGUGGCUGGGAGCCUGCGAGGGGGAACGCUGCUGGAUGAUGCCCAGCCCGUGCUGCGCGCAGAGCUGGGCUGCUGGAAAAGGGCAGGGGGCUCCUGCCUGGAGAGGCCACCUCCAGCGCUGCCGUUUGCAGUCCCAACUGCUCCUGCUGAUUCCUGUUGCCUUUGAAAACCCAACAAAAUCCAUCCCACAGGUGGGGACUUUGUUAUUUUAAUUUUUUCUCUUUCCUUUGCUGAGGAAGGGGCUUCAUUUGCUGUUAGGGCCUCACUGAGAAGACAGCCAAACCCCAGCUAUGCAUCGCAUCACUUGAAACAACGGGACUGCCUCCUCAUCGCCUCUGGUCUUGGUCCAGCUGGUCUUGGCUCCCUGCGCCCGGCCUGCCCCGUCUUUCCGUGCUGCCUUCCAGGUACCUGGACUGAGAAGGUGGUCUGUGAAGAUGAAAUUUUAUACAUUAAGUUGUAGCAAUAGGGGGAAGCGGUGGGUGUGCGCAGGGCUGGUGGUUGGGACUUGUACAAUGGUUCAGAAUAGGUUGAAUUUUUUUAAAAGAAAAUGUAAAGUAUUUUGGUUGAUUAAUUGAUGAAGAGAGGGGAAAAAAAAUGUAAUCUUUUAACGUUUGGAAUAAACAGAGUUUUGAUAAA